CUCGCAUCGACUCCCCUCUUACUUUCCUAAUUCCUUAAUCUCCUUCGAAAUAUUAGUAACAGUAUAUCCAUCAUGACACGACUCACCUCCCUCCUCCUCUCAGCCGCUCUCUUCACAUUCGGCGCCCAAGCCGGCUCCGCCGUCAUCGACCUUAUCCCAAAGAACUUUGACAAUGUCGUCCUCAAAUCCGGGAAGCCCGCCCUCGUGGAGUUCUUUGCGCCAUGGUGCGGACAUUGCAAGACCCUCGCUCCCAUCUACGAGGAAUUGGCACAGAAUCUCGCCUUUGCCGAAGACAAGGUCAGCAUCGCGAAGGUCGAUGCGGACGAGCAUAAGGACCUGGGGCGGAGAUUCGGGGUGCAAGGGUUCCCCACCCUAAAAUGGUUCGACGGGAAAAGCGAUAAGCCGGAGGAUUAUAAGGGCGGGAGGGAUAUCGAUAGCUUGACGGCAUUCAUCAAGGAGAAGACGGGGAUCAAGCCAAAGUCGGCGAAGAAGCCGGAGAGCAACGUGGUGAUGUUGAAUGAUGGCAAGUUCAAGACGGCUGUUGGAGCAGACCAGCAUGUGUUGGUUGCAUUCACCGCACCAUGGUGUGGACACUGCAAGACCCUCGCUCCUAUAUGGGAGACCCUCGCCCAAGACUUCGUGAACGAACCCAAUGUCCUCAUCGCAAAGGUUGACGCCGAAGACCCCGGCUCCAAAGCUACCGCUCAAGCGCAAGGCGUGGCCUCUUACCCAACCAUCAAAUUCUUCCCCGCCCACUCAACUGAAGCCCAAGCGUACGAGGGAGGUCGAAGCGAAGACGCAUUCAUCAACUACCUGAACGAGAAGGCCGGCACAUCCCGCGUCGUCGGCGGCGGAUUGAGCGCGACGGCCGGCACGAUCGAAGACCUGAACCUCGUCGUCCAGCGCAUGGUUGCGGUUGGUGGUGAUGUUGUCGCUGGAGCGGAGGAGCUCGCAACGAAGGCGAAAGAGUUCACCGGCAAUAAGUUCGCGGAAUACUAUGUCCGGGUCGGGGACAAGUACAAGGCGAACAAGGAGCACGCCGUCAAGGAGUUGAGCAGACUCCAGAGUAUCUUGGCCAAAGGCGGGCUGGCAUCGCAAAAGGUUGAUGAGUUGACGUCGAGGUCGAAUAUCCUCCGACAAUUCUCGGCGGAGAAACCGGCGAAGGACGAACUUUAAAUGCGUUUAUGUGAAUGAAGUAGUCAAGCAUGGGCGCUGGUGAGCUUUACGGGUACUCGUCGUUGAAACACUCGGGUUAGCGGGAGAAAUGGUCGGUUUCAUGUCGUGUGGGAUUUUAUCGAGUACUUGCAUCGUUAUAUGCGAUAAAACAGGUCGGUCUUGUGAGAGCAGAUAAGGAGUCAGAAAUAAAUAUUUAAAGCCUCCUACUUCGUCGCACCUGGGCUAGGAAUCGACCUGCGCACCUCUUAUCAAGGCAAAAUGGUUUCUAGGCAAGUAUCCUUCCAUCAUAGGAGAAAUGAACCGAAUUGAAGGAAGCCACGAUCUAUUCCGAAUAAUCUAUGAGUCUAGUCCACCUAGUUCUACGAGCCGUCUAACCAACCCAAUGAUCUUCC